AUGUUUCAGUUAAUUUAUGAAUAUUCAUUGAUAAAAAAUAAAUUAUUUUCAUAUGAAAAACUUGAACAUGAAGCUCGUACAUUACUUGAUACACAUAUUCGUAAAUAUUCAAUUUCAAAUGAACAUUUUGUAAGUAUCUUUGUUACAUUAAUCAGAUUAUUUUCAAUUACUUUUUCAAUGCAGUUAACUGAAAGAGAUUUCCAAGCGAUACAAAACUUAUGUAAUGAUCUUAAUCAAUCAAAUAUAUUUUUUAAAAAUGGAUUGUCUGAUUCUCAUCCUCAAAUUGGAGUUUUAAUGGUGCCAUCUGCUAAUUCAGGUGUUGAAAAAUCCUUUAUAUUUAUAAAAAACUUGCCAUACAAAAUGCAUAUUCGUGUUGGUAUUACCGGUCUACAUAAAAUAUUAGCACUUCUUGUUAUUCUAUAUGAUAUUUUGACUUUUACUAGACUUGAACAUGCUGCAAAAGAAAAAGAAAAUGCUCUACAACAGCGAGAUGAUAUGGAAUCGAAAUUAAAAGAUUUAACACAACAAAAUCGUUCUCUACAAGAAAAACUUGCUGAAGCAAUAGAUCAAUUACAACAACAACAUGAUCAUGUGCAUACUACAAUCGAUCAUACUCAUGAUACUAAUUCUAAUCAAUUUGAACAUGAACAAAUGCAUCGAACAAUCAAUCAACUUAUAGAACAAGCAGCUGUUAAAACACGAACCGCUGUUGAAGAUGUACGACAACAAUAUAAUGAUAAUUUAGAAAGAAUUAUGGAAGAAUAUAACAAUAUGGAAGCGGCAUUAAAUCAAAAACAAAUUGAAUUUGAUAAAUGUUUAAGAGCUAAACGAUCUGUCGAAGAUGAAUUAGAAAAGAUUUUACAAGAACGACGUCUUAAUUUAGAAAAAAGUGCUUUAGAUAAUGAAGAUUUAGCUAAACGAUGCUUUCAAUCUGAACGUGAACGAGAUGAAUCACAAUUAAAAUUUGAACAAAAUCAACAAGCAUUUAAAAUGCUUCAACAAUCAUAUGAAGCUGACAAAAAAAAUCAUGAACAUAAACAAAAAGAAUUAACUGAACGAUUGCAAAAAGUAUCAAAUGAUCUUGAUAAAAUGACUCUUGAUUAUACAGCAACAUUUAAUGAAUUAAAUGAAUUAAAAAAAAGAUUAUCAUCAACACAAAAUGAACAAACAUUAUUACAAAGACGAAUGGCUGAAUUAGUUAAAAGACAUGAAGAACAAAUAAUUGAAAAAGAAAAAGAAUGUUUAGUACGUUUAACACAAAGAGAUGAUGUUAAUCGAGUAACAUUUAAUGAAUUACGUAAUUUGGUUAAUCGACAACAACGAAUGAUUGUUAAAUAUAAAGAGGAAUGUCACACGAUAGCUAGUCAAAGUGAAACAACAAUAAAUGGAUUAAAACAAAAAAUUGAUAAUUUACGCUCACGUAAUGAACAAUUACAAUCAGAAAUCGGUGAUGUUAAACGAAAAGAUGCUGAAAUGGAUCGAAUACUUACAAAAAAUGCGAAUCGUAUAAAAGCAUUAGAAGAACGUUUACAUGAUGCAGAAGAACAAGCUAUUGAAGCAUCAAGACGAGUUGCUAAACAAUUAGUACGUGAUCGAUUAGCCAUAACACAAGGUGAUCAUUAUUCAUACUCAACAACGCGUCCUAAUCAUUCCACUUCAUUAUUUAAUUUAACAGCACUUAGACCACAAAUUGUGCCUUCAACAACAAUAACCGAUAGCAUUGAACAUCUUAAUGAUGAAAAAUAA